AUGGCACAAGGAUACGCCGGUGCUGGGAACGCAGUGGUUGCUGCUGCUCCUUUGCCUAAUUUCACUCGUCUGUUUUUCCCUCAAGACAGCUCAAACACUCUUCAAAUACCUGAACGCUUUAUCGUUGAACUUGAUAGACCUCUUCCACGGAUUUGUUCAAUUGAAAACCACCAUGGAGCUGUUUGGUCUGUCUUUUCCGAGACAAUAGACGGCAAGCACUAUUUUGCACGAGGAUGGUUUCGUUUUGCAAGAGAAAAUGCACUCCGCCGAGGUGACUUGCUCAUAUUCACCUACGAGAGACAUGGGUACUUUGUGCUCAAACAAUAUUGGGCUGGAACUCGUUUUCCCCCCUUCGAUAUGGCUGAAGCUUUGUGUAUGGAAAAUGAUGAGAUUGCUUCUAGUGCCGAUGAUGAUGAUGUUUGA